GAGGCAGGGACCCACGUUGACUCCAAAAACCUGGCGCUACGCUUUGAGAAGAAAAUUGCCAGCAAGAUGUCCACCAAGCGUGUGGCCAACUUCUUCAUCGACGACACCAUGGGGGACGUCCUGGACAACCUGUCCAGCAUGGUCAAGCAGUAUACAGGCAACAAGAAAGAUGCCGAGAAGAUCAUCAAGAACAUCAUCAAGGUCACCAUCAAGAUCGGGAUCCUGUAUCGCAACGAUCAGUUCAACCAAGAAGAACUUGCCCUGGCGGAGAACUUCCGGAAGAAAUUCCGCACCCUCAUCAUGACGUUUGUCAGUUUCUACGAGGUGGAGUUUAGUUUUGACAGGGACUAUCUGACGAGACUUCUGGACGGCUGUGCGGACAUGUUGACGCAGCUCGUACAGAGACACCUGAGGGAUAAGUCAAUCGGUCGAAUUGACCACGUCUUUAAGUUCUUUACGAACAGUGCCUUCAUGGAGACCGUCUUUACGUCGGACACUCCUCUGAAACCCCACCUGGACAAGAUCAUGGUGGGACUCAAUAAACUUAUCGAAGGGGGCCACAUUUAAAAAAAACUUUUUUGAGAAUUUUGUGUUUUUUUUAAUCAAAAAGGAACUUGAUGCAACUGUUACCUUAACCAUUCCUUUUUCCCCCACUCAAGAAUUUCUCAAAGGUGGUUUUUUUAUUGUUUAAAUCUUCGAACAGAAUAGUCUUGUGGAACUGUAACAUACAUACUUCCUGUUGAUUGACUGAGGAAAUGGCCAACUGGCACAGACUGACUAAGUCUGGACGAAUACAUGCACAUCCACCUCUACUGAAAAUUGAUUGGGAAAGCAAAAAACAUUCAGAGGAUGCAGCAUAUGGACAUAUAUAGUGUUUCUCCCCUCUCGACCUUUGACUGGAGAAACCCAUCGUGUUCAAGUAAAAGAGAGAUCCUGGCUGGUCAUCACAACUUCCAGAAGUAUACUAUUCUUGAGAGUACAGGCGAAGCAAGGAACAGGUUCUGUUGCAUACUGGGUUUGUUGCGGCAUGUGAGGUGGUUUAUGAGACCGACCUUUUUACCACAAAUUACCACUGGUUACUCCGUACAUCAUUUAGCUCCAUGAAUAUAUGUGUUUCUGAUAAAAGAUAUUAGACGUUUUUUCCCUCGCCAUUUUCAGACAAGUCCAUUGACAUGUGAAUGGGGUUGCCAGAUAAAAUAGACUAGUACCUCAGACCUUAAGCUUUUUAAAGGUAUGCAGCAAUUUUCCACCGUGAUAUAAGACAACUCAAGCGGAAAACGAAAAUUUGAUUUUGAACUUAACACAAGACACCACGGCAAACCACACAACAGAAUCUGAAUUGCCAUGCAUCAAAUAAUUAGAAGCCUGGUGCCCUUUUUAUGCAUCGAGUAUCGGCCCUGUGUUUUGUAUACGUAUAUAUUGGGGAACCAAUGAAGCGAGUUCAGUAUGAGACACCAUUUGACCUGACCUAAAUGUAUUGUUUAACUUAUAUAUCCAAGCAUGUCUUCCAAAUAUGCAGGAAAAAAUAUCGGGAGUUGAAAAGCCACAAAAAAAUACACUUAUAAACUGUUAGUUGAAAUGCCACAUACCUGUAGAAAGGAUUUUAUUCAAAGCUGUGUAUCGU